AUGUCUGAUUAUGAAUCAGAAGGUGAGGACUUGUGGGCACCCGAUUCAGAUGAUGAAACUCAGACCAAGUUUAGAGCUUUCAGAAAGGAGUACCUGCAUUGUCCAAAGUUUCAUGUGGGUCAAGUAUUUGAGAAUGUUGAAUUGUUAAGGAAAGCUAUAAAGGAGUAUAGCUGCAAAAACAGAGUGGAUGUGAAGUUGCCAGUGAAUGACAAGAAGAGAGUAAAGGCAGUAUGUGAUGAGGAUUGCACUUGGUAUUUAUGGGCAUCAUAUGACAGUAGGACUAAAUGCUUCAUGGUCAAGAAGUAUGUGGAAGAGCAUACAUGUUGCAAGAAAUGGAAGAUCAAAGCAUUUACUACACCAUUUCUUGCAAGGAAAUAUCUUGAGAGUUUCCGGGCAGAUCAGGACAUGAACUUGAGGAACUUCUCAAGAGUUGUACAGAAAGAAUGGCAUAUGACACCAAGUAGGACUAAGCUACAAAGGGCAAGGAGGUUGGCCAUGAAGAUAAUUCAUGGUGAUGAAGAAGGAGAAUACAAGUUGCUGUGGGAUUAUGGAAAUGAGAUAAGGAGAAGCAACCCAGGUAGUUCAUUUUUCCUGGCACUUGAUGACAAAGCUUGGUUCAACAAAGCAUACAUGUGUCUGGAUGCUUGUAAAAGAGGUUUCCUUCAAGGAUGCAGGCCUGUGAUUUUCAUAGAUGGGUGUCAUAUAAAAACUAGAUAUAGGGGUCAGUUACUUGUUGCAGUUGGCAUAGAUCCUAAUAAUUGUAUUUUCCCUAUUGCCAUUGGUGUUGUGGAAGUGGAAGACAUGCCAAACUGGGUUUGGUUUCUUGAGAGGCUUAAGAGGGAUCUUGGUAUCAUCAACACCUCACCAUGGACCAUUAUGUCUGACAAACAAAAGGGGCUUAUCAAUGCUGUGAAUGAUGUGUUUCCAGAAUCAGAACAUAGGUUCUGUGUCAGGCAUGUGUGGAAGAAUUUCCAGCAGCUGUACAAAGGUGAUGCACUGAAGAACUAG